UAUUCCAUCCCGCAGUGCACAGUUCUCAACCAUUUUAUAGAGUCCUGUACGAGGCUUUUGAGUCUAUUAUUGAUUAGUAAGCCUCAUGGAAAUACUACCCAGUCAUACAUGUUACGAUCUCCGAACUGUAUUGUUUGCAUGGCAACUCUCUAUGCUUUCAUGGGGUACCUUUGGGAGAUGAGCGGGUCCUAUUGGGUCGCUGUAAUGCUUGUGACCCAUUGUUGGCAUCUCACCCAAGUGGACCUAGAUGUCGUGGUGAUAACCACCAUUUCGUCCAUCAAUGUAUGGACUUCAACGACGGGAGCUUUAACCACAGUACGCAAACUCCAUACAUAAUUUGCAUACCAUUGCACAUUUACGAUUGAAUCAACUUGAAAGUCGAAC